ACCAAGAGAGGUUCGGGAGACAAAGGGGUGCCUGACGGUACGUACGUGACAAGUACGUGGUCCGACGACUUUCCACUGGUCGAUACACACCGACCUCAGCAGACCGCUCAAUUAUUCACACGAGUACCAUCCAAUCUGGCAUGAAUACGCGGAUUACUUCACAGUUCACGAUAACUGCCGGUGUCCCGUUCAGCACGGCCAAGGACCCCAACAUCACGUUGGCGAAGUCGCUCCGUGUUGCUGGCCUACAGUCGAACACGCCCGAGACGAUGUUCUUCGAGACGCCGUUCACUGACAGCGUGUGGCACAACUUCGCACUGAGGAUGGGUUGGGUGGACAAUACGAUCACUGUGUAUUACUCGGAGGGGUACGCCCCGCUGGAGUCGGAUGCACCCCAGCUCAUGCCCACGAACAGUAAUCGAAAACCGGGCGCACAACAAAGGUUGCGCGCCUCGAACUUGGCCACUGCAGCGACCAACCACCAACCGUCCAUGUACCUUCCGCGUGCACACCGACUUGCGAAGCAACAGCGCGCCAGUGCGGCGCAAGACAGCGCGAGCAGGCGGGCGUGCAAACAGGAGUGUAUUGCCAUUUUCUGCGUACGCUCAACAGACACGAGCUCGGCACUUGAACUUCUUGAAGCACGAGCCCGGCGUGCGCGUGCAGAAAGUCGGUUACAGUGCCCAUAGCGCGGAGAGGAGCUUCUGAUAAGUAUACGGACGAGGUGAGCUGUGGCACAUGUGACGGCCAGCCAUGAAUAUGAAGCACACGAAGCACGGCGGGCUCAGGCCCGCCAUGCGCGGAUGCGCCGAGUAUGCGACUGGGGGUGGACAAGGACCGGU